UUUUCAUCAACACUUUUCUUAAAGUUUGAUAGGAAAAAUGCACCACCAAAGGAUGUGUGUAGCUGAUGGGCUACUCCUCCCUUAAUCAAAGAUCUCAAAUUCGAGUUCUGAAUAUAAAAAAAUUCUUGAAUGUGCGCUUCCCGUGAAUAGGUCCUACGCAGCGUGAAUUUAAAUUAAUCAAUUUUUUUUUUAAAAAAAAGGAAAAAUGAGCCCCGGCCAACAAAGAAGCCAAUGAAGAAUUUGUCAAAACAAAAUAUAUAUUGGUACGAUAAAUUAGGUAACUACGAUUAUUUUUGAUUAUUAAUAAAUAAAUGUAAAAAUAUCAAAAUCGUCGAGUGCAUUUGAAGAAAAGGGGAUUCCAAAAAUAAUAUUUCUCACUAAGUUGUGCAUCAUCGCGGCACUAAUUCAAUGGCGAAUCAGGCAGUGGAGGAAAAGCCACUUAGGAAAAUGGCGGAAGCAUUCAAAGAGUUAGCCAACACUUUAAAUUCUCAAACCCUAGACGAAACUGUUCAAAUGGAAGUGGCCCCUUUCUCUCACGCUUGCACUUUGGUCGCCCCUCUAUUCCGAUGCCUCGGUAUCGCCUUCAAGUUUGCUGAGCUCGAUUACAUUGCUAAGGUGGAUGAUCUAGCAGAGGCUUCAAAGUCUAUUACAACAUUGCACAAGAUGAUGGAACAAGAUAUUCAAGCAAAUUGUGUGAGAAGGGCAGGUAGUCAUACAAGGAACUUGUUAAGAGUUAAGCGUGGGCUGGAUAUGGUUAGGGUUUUGUUCGAGCAGAUUAUAGCCUCAGAGGGGAAUUCCUUGAAGGAUCCAGCGUCAAAAGCAUAUACUCAAGUGUUUGCUCCAUAUCAUGGGUGGGCCAUCAGGAAAGCUGUGUCUGCAGGAAUGUAUGCCCUUCCCACCCGGCAACAGCUGAUGAUCAAGCUUAAUGAAGAUGAAAACUCCGCAAGAACGCAGAUGCAAAAUUAUGUAGCCUCGUGUGAUACUGUCGUUACAUAUAUUGACAAACUCUUCAUUUCAAGAGAUUUGGGUAUUGACUGGUGACCAUGGACUGGCUGACAGAACGCCCAUUCAUUUAUGUGAUUCGCCCCAAACCCCUAUUUACUAUAUGAUUUAUAAUCAUGUGAAGCAGUGCUUCAAAUAUUUGUUUGUAACUAACUUGUCUUUAAGAGCAGGAAAAUGAAAAAAAAAAAGCCCUAGAGAAGCACUUGGGUGAGGUUGAGCUCAUCAUUUUAAAAAAUAAAAGCAAAAGAAAAUGUCAGUUUUGACUUCA